AUGGUUCUUACAGGCCAUUUUGUCGAUUCUAAUUGGCAUUUACAAAAGCGUGUUCUUAGCUUUAUUCACUUACCUCCUCCUCAUCGUGGGCUUGAGAUUGCCGACAAUCUUUAUAAGUGUUUGAAGGAUUGGUGCAUUGAGAAUAAGGUGUUUACUAUUUCGGUUGACAAUGCCUCAAAUAAUGACUCGACUGUUAGGAUCUUAAGUGAAACUUUUUCAAGGGUUAAGAAGUUGCCUUGUGGAGGAAAGAUGUUUCAUGUACGUUGUUGUGCACACAUCUUGAAUCUUAUGGUUAAAGAUGGACUUUCUAGAAUUGGCCAUAUCAUUGAGGAUAUACACGACUCUGUCACAUUUAUCAAUCAAAAUGAGUCAAGACUCAACUUGUUUUCUGAGAUUGUGCAACAAUUACAAUUGCCACAUAGAAAACUUAUUCUUGAAUGCAAGACAAGGUGGAACUCAACAUAUGAAAUGUUGUCCGCUGCAAUCAAAUUUAAAGAGGUAUUUCCAAUGUACAAAGAAAGAGAGCCACGCUACAUUAGUUGUCCCACAAAUGAAGAUUGGAUAAAUGUGGAAAAGGUAUGUGAGAUUUUAGAAGUUUUUUACUCUGCAACUAAUAUUAUCUCUGGUAGUGAGUAUCCAACUUCAAACCUAUUUCUUAAUGAAGUUUAUAGAAUCAAAGUUUUGUUGGACAAGAAGCUUCAAGAUCCUAACGAAUAUUAUUUUGUUCAUGACAUGGUUCGGUGCAUGAAACAAAAUUUUGAUAAGUAUUGGGGAGAGUGCAACUUGAUGAUGUUGAUUGGUGCUAUUUUAGACCCUAGGUGCAAAAUGAGGGUUAUUGAGUUUUGUUUUCCUAGGAUGUAUCCCGAACAGGAAGCUUGUGAAAAUAUAGACAAAGUUAAAAAAGCUUUAUAUGAAUUGUAUGGAGAAUAUGUGGAUGAAUAUUGUUCUAGUGGCGGUGAAGGAAAUUGUGAAACUGUUGUUGGUUUAAGUGGAAACAAUGUGAACAUUCAACCCUCAUCUUCCGGAUGGUCCGAGUUUGCUCAGUUUGUAAGAACAGUUGAAAAUAUACAACCACAAAAAUCAGAUUUAGAUAAUUAUCUUGAAGAGGGUUGUUACAUUUGUGAUGCUGGCCCAACACCGUUUGAUGCUUUACAAUGGUGGCGAUCAAAUUCGUUAAAAUAUCGUAUAUUAUCACGCAUGGCUCGAGAUAUACUUUCUAUUCCCAUCACCACUGUUGCAUCGGAAGCUACUUUUAGUGCGGGUAGUAGAGUUAUUGACACAUAUAGAGCAUCAUUGGCUCCCGAAACGGUUGAAGUCUUACUUUGUGGAGGAGAUUGGUGUCGAAGCCUCCAUGGUUUGAAAAGAAAGAACAAGUCAAAACACAUCCGAGAUUCAUCUACAUUUUCUCCUGCUUCUUCGUUGAUUUCUUCCGUUAUCCUCCUGCUCUUUAAGAUGGGAGACGAGAGCCGAAGCUACACGGUGGAUGAUGCACUUGCAAGCGUAGGAUUUGGGAAGUUCCAAAUGCUUGUGCUUGCGUAUGCAGGGAUGGGUUGGAUUUCAGAAGCCAUGGAAAUGAUGCUUCUUUCGUUUGUGGGACCCGCACUUCAGUCUGCAUGGAAUCUUUCCUCUCAUGAACAAAGCAUGAUUACUAGUGUUGUCUUUGCUGGCAUGUUGGUUGGAGCAUAUUCAUGGGGUGUUGUUGCAGAUAAACAUGGAAGGAGGAAAGGAUUUCUUUACUGCAAUGGUUACUUCUGUGGCUGGUAUGCUUAGUGCUUUAGCUCCUAACUACGCAUGUCUCAUCAUUCUUCGCUGUCUUGUUGGAAUUGGUCUUGGAGGUGGGCCCGUCCUCUCUUCUUGGUUUCUAGAGUUCAUCCCUGCUCCAAGCAGAGGCACUUGGAU